AUGUCGCGCACCGCUUUCCUCGUUGGCGCCAACCGUGGCAUCGGCCUCGAGCUGGCCCGCACCCUGGCCGUAAACAACUGGACUGUGUUCGCCUCGGUGCGGCCCGAGACCCGGGCGGCCCAGGAUCCGUCCAUCGCAGAGGUUGAUAACGAGCCUGUGUCCUCCUCAUCUCUGUGCCAUUGCAUCCGGCAUCUUGAGAUCGAUCUUCUGAACGAGAGCACCAUACAAGCGGCUGCCCAGAAGUUUGGUGAUCGACCUCUUGAUGUUCUCAUCAACCUUGCCGGUAUGGACAGCAACGUGCGACGGAUGGUCGUCUUUUUGUGUUUUAUUUUGCUGUUCUGGUAUCCUGCUAAUCCUUGGUGGCGAGCCUUAGGCAUCGGGCCGGAGCCUGACAACUGGUACGAGCAUACCGCCGAGAUUUUGAUGGACAAGUAUGCCACCAACACGGUUGGGCCUUUCUUGGUGUGCAAGCACUUUCACCCCAACGUGAAACUGGCCAAGGGGAUCAUCAUCAACAUCUCAUCCCUCGCCGCAUCCAUUGGCUGCGUUGACGUCCUUGGCAUCGGCUGCCGGCAUGAGACCCAGGGCAUGGGCAAUGUUGUAGAAGCCCUGAUCGAUCUUGGUCGGAUCAUCGGCCGCCACCCAGAACACGGCAUCAAACUGGGCGUCUCGCGAAAAGGCAUAGUGUAUGGCGAUCUGCGUCUUGCCAAUGCCGCCAAAACCACUGAGCGAGAAGGAAUGAAAGCCGCCCCCGUCCGCCGAGAGCAGCUCUCGGUCAAUUUGCGCAAGGAUGUCGGUGCGGCCAACAAAUUUGUUGUUUGGUUUGACCGCGCUUCGCAUGUAGCAGGGCAUCUUGGGUAUGCUGAUGACGUUUUCGAAACUCGACGAACGAUAUGA